GAGUGAAAACGAGGACCGAGGAGUUCACAGUGAUCUGUGUACGAAGAACUCCGGCGUUGUUGUGGACAUUUGAAACACGAUUCAGCUGUAUCCCGACUAAACCACUAAGCAAUCAUGGAGAGCGAGUCUGGAAAUGACGAUUUAUUCGACUGCAUUUUCAUGGCAGAUAACAGGUUCCACGGUGUGGGCUACCGAGAGGGAUUUGAGAGAGGGACCCAGCGUGGACUGCGAGACGGCCACAGACAUGGAGUGUCUCAUGGGGCCAAGCUGUCCGCUGAGGUUUCGUUUUAUUAUGGGUUUGCUGUUGCUUCAAAGUGUCUCCUCCAAGAUAAAACAGAUACCAAAUCCAGGAAGCGUGUUAAGGCAGUGGAUGCUCUCCUGGAGUUGAUCAACAAGUGUCCUCUUGAUGAUCCCUACUAUACAGAGCUACAGGAGGACAUGGAUAGGGUUCGCGGCAAGUUCAGACAGGUCUGUUCGUUGCUGAGCGUUCCUGCAGACUUCAAGGAUUACAUCAAAACGUCUGGUGGGACUUCCUUCUGAAUCCUCUCUGUUUAGGAGGAGGAGCUGAGUCGGCCUCUACACCCCCAUGAGGAGGAUGAAAUUGUGCCGCCAAAGGGCAGCCUCGCUGUCAAGUCAGACAGGCAGUGGCUACUGAUUGGUCUGUGGUGGAGUGAUUCAAAAGUUUGGAGUGGGAUACAGUGACUGUGUCAGUUUGAGAGUGGUAGUGUUUGUGAUUCCACCUGCUGGUGGGAAGGUCCAGCAUUCAGGACCUCCACGUUCAUGCCAAGUUCCAGCACUGCAUUCAGUUGCUAUUUUGUCAGAAAAUCAAAGCUCGUCCUGCCACUUGAAGCUCAUUUAAGAGCCUUUAUAUAAACAAAUAUUAGUUAUGUUUAGCUUGGCUAAAUGUAAUAAUGGCAUAGACGUGCAGAAAUGUUUUCUUACUGUUGACUGACAUAAAAUGAGAUUCUCAACCAUUUUGAAAAGGUUAAAGGUUAUCAUUUCAUCAUAUUUCACAUGGCAAAAUGUAAUCAGACUUUCCAGGUUUACUGCUCAAGUGGACUGAAGGUCUACAUGAUGGUGUGAGAGGGUUUUUUUAUGCUGGGAUUACUGGUCUCAAAGAGCACUUCAGCUGGAGGUGAUAUUGUGGUUGAUGCACAGUGUUCAGUGUACCUGUUUCUGCCUUUAAUUAAACAGGGACACCCUGUUCCCACUUGGUUUAACGUGUCUCAGGUGAGCCGAUCACAAGUUGACAGCUCUAAGUAAGUGUGAAUAGGGCUCAGUGUGUUUUGGAGAUGCAAUGUGAUCCAGUCAGUAGAGCCACCUUCAGAGGUGGCCAGUGGGUGACACAGCAUUUAUAAUGUGAGCGCUGAUGCAUCCUGACAACACUGAAAAACCACAGGUUAAUUUUGGGGAAGUAAGGAACACUUGAUAGAAUGGACUGUUGGUGUGAAGUUCAAGUUUGAAUGAAUUUUGUUUUGGUGGUGAGAUGGUGUCGUGUUUGGGCACAACUGAUUGAUGAACUGGUCAAAGAUCGGGAAUAGGAUGGAUGGGGAAUAUUGGGAAGAUUGGGACAGCAUGUAACAUAGGAUGGAGGAGGAAGAGGGGCAUGGGAGGGAAUUGGAGUAAAGUACGGAGGAAGUAAAAGAAAAGGAGCAUGUAUAUUAGAGGUGUCUGAGGCUGUGAUCACCAGUGUGAUAACAAGUGGUCGUUGUGGUCACAUGUAAGAUGCAUGAUACUGCCAGGUGUGAACGGGAUCUGUCUCUGCUGUCCACUUGUGAUUGAAUCACCCAAGAUGGAUGUUGAACAGGGCUUUCACAUGCAAAGUACCUUGCACAUUUCAGCAGUGCAAAGAGGACAGAAGUGAGUGAUAGUUGAUAGGUGCAGACAUUAACUAACAGAAACUAGGGGCAAAUACGCCAAGAGUGAGUGGAUGAGUUAGGCUGCUUCCUGGACCCAUGAGGUGCUGUGCAUCUUUAAAAAAUGCUGAAAAAACAUUGAAUACAAUUCAAUGAAUAAAAAAUUGCUAAGAACAUAAAACCUAAGGCUGUACAGGCUGUGUUAGUGUAGCAGCCAUCAGAGAGGAAUCUCCCAACAUAUUAGAGUAUAACACUGACUGACUCACAUCUGAUAUUUAAUAAAAUAUAUUUAAAAAAAUAGUCUAACCCUAAUUGCUGGAAGUAUAUUAAAGUAAAAAUUAACUAGUUUGUGUUUUUAAAAGGCACCAAAAUGUUCCAGUCAUCUCAUGGUUUUCUGGUAUUUGUUGCAAUGAACAACAAGCCUCAUGUAUAUAGCAUGAUUUGAUACAGUUGGCAGUACAGUUAAGCCACAAAAUCUCCACGAACCAAGGGAUUACCAUAAACAAAGACAAUCUAAUGUUGCUAAUUCUUUGGCUUGGUUCAGGAUGGUGUGCACCACAACCUAAAGUAGUCUUUUUUUUUUUUUUUCUUUCAUCUUUUUGAAGAAAACCAAUAUGUACACUCCAAUCCAAUAAUUUUACAUUGAAUGCUGACUUGUAGAAUGAUAUGUCACAUACAUAGAAAAUUAGUGGUUGUAUGAAAUAAAAGCUUCUCGUGAAGUCA